CUUCAAUCUAAAACGUCAUCUUCGAAUGAUAUUGGAGGCUUCAAAAGCUGGAAAGGAACGGCCUUUGGAGAUAACAUGGAAGCACUUAACCGAUACGGAUCAGGGCCUUCUCUCUCUUCGCUCUCGCGUGUGUUGAUAGGAGAUUCCAAAUCUUCAUCCGAUGGCACCUUCUCGGAGUGUCGCUGAUUCAACGCCUCCGUCAACAACAUCCGAAGUCGUAGAGAACGAUUUUCAGCCAUUCUUUGUUCUUCAUAAAGCUUCGUCCCGGAGAAAAGAUAGAAAACCAACAGCUCAGGGAAAAUUGUGGAAGAGAAAUGAGUUAUCUUCAUCAUUUCCACAAGGUGCAAAGAAACUUGGAGGAAGAAUGACUGAAGAAUGUGAUCACCAUUUGUUUCAGCAACUGCAGAUUGAAGCUUUUGACAUUGUUUGGGCAAAGAUUGAAUCUACCAUUAAGGAUGUUUUAAGAGAUCUCAAUGCCAUUGUAUUUAAUGAUAUACAAAAAUGGGUUCUGGAGUGCUUCAACGCUACUAAGUUGCUUGGAGAACCUACUAUUGCUGAAGCAACUCGGUCUUUUCCCACUCUAAAUAAUACUACUCCUGGGCAGAUGUUCACUGCUUUCGUUUCUACCAGAAACAUAGAGUUCGUUGAUGAUAUAUUGACAUUUGAAGAGCUUGGUCACUUCCUGAAAUCCCAUGGAUGCCAUGUGGCUAAGCUUUCAUCACUGGAGUUUUCAUCAAAAAAUGGGAUUGCUGGUUGCUUGAAAGCCUUAUUGCAAGAGUUUCUUGGGUGUGCUAUUGAUUCAGCUGAUAUAUCAAUCUUAGCAUCAUGGUAUAGAGAACAAGUCAACUACAAUAAACCACUGUUGCUGAUCGUUAAUGAUUUGGAGAGAUGUUGUGGAUCAGUCUUAACUGAUUUUAUCUUGAUGUUGAGUGAAUGGGUUGUCAAGGUACCAAUCAUCUUCAUAUUUGGAGUUGCAACGACAGUGGAUGCCUCCAGAAACAUUCUGCCAUCACAUGCUCUUGAGCGUUUGUGUCCCUCUAGGUUUAUGCUUGGAACACCAGUCGAGAGAAUGGAUGCAAUUGUUGAGGCUGUUCUUCUGAAACAUUGCACCACGUUUAGUAUUGGUUAUAAAGUGGCAGUCUUCCUAAGAAACUACUUCAUCAACCAGGAUGGGACAGUGACAUCCUUUAUUAGAGCUUUGAAGGUAGCUUGCUUAUUACAUUUCUCAAUGGAACCUCUAAGUGUCAUACAUGGGCAAACACUCACUGAAGAUCAGAAAGAGGGAAAAUCUGCACUAUCACCCGAGACUCUCUUGAAAUACAUAGAUGAACUUCCAUUGUGUGCAAGGAAUCAAACAGUUGAUCAUCUGACUCAAAAAAGCAUGUCUGAGGGUUUGUCAGAAUUGGUGACAGUGCAGAAGCUAUGGAGCACUGCAGUUCUGUGCCUAUAUGAAGCUGGAAAGUACAGCAGAGUGCGACUAUUGGAUUUGUUUUGUGAAGCUCUCAGUCAAGAUUUAUACCUUUCAAGGGUUUCUGAUUGUCAUGUGGGGGAUGAAAAAGAUCGUGAUUUGUCCUCAACAAAUGAUCCCAGACAACAAUAUUCCAUCAUGAAAAGCGGUGGUAUUAUUGGCAAAAUAGUAUGCAAAGUGAGGGAUAUCCCUACAGGGAUGCUAUAUCAGUUGAUUGAGAGUUGGGAAAAACUUACUGCUGAUGUUUCAGAGAUUCAUGAGAAAUUGAAAAUCUUGCAAUCUUCAGUAAGAUGUGAAGAUGGAAAGAGUUCACGCAAGAGUUCCAAGGACAAUUCCAAGAGAUAUCCAGUAAACAUUGACAAGGAUGCGAGAAUGUUAAAUUUACAAGCUAUCGCAUUUUUAGAUUAUCUACUUAAAAAUUUUUUGAAGCCCGUUGAAGGCAUGCCUUUCCAUGAAAUUUUCUGCUUCAAGAAUGUUGAGAAGCUUCAAUUGGUUUUGAUUGGAGAUCCAAGAAGAAGAAUUCAAGUUGAUCUAUUGGAGUUCCAUAAGAUUUUAAGGUGCAGCUGUUGUAGCAAGAGUGGCAAUGCCCUAUUGCCAUCCAGGCAUGACUCCUCAAUUAUGUAUUCUCUGGCUCAAGAGCAUGGAGAUCUUAUCAAUCUUCAUGACUGGUUCCAGUCUUUUAGAACAAUUGUUAUUCAACAUAAAAAUAAACGGAAACAAAAUUCAAAGCAAUCCCCCUCAUCAAAGAAGAGAAAAGAUAUAAAUGGAUCUGCCGACCAAAACGAAGCAUCGAUUCAAGCACGCUUUUGUAGGGCAGUUACUGAGCUGCAGAUUACUGGACUAGUUAGAAUGCCCAGCAAGAGACGCCCGGAUUUUGCUCAAAGAGUAGCAUUUGGACUUUGAUACGAGAUUUACUGCUUUACUUUCAUAUUGUCUUCCUAGUUUUCUCAUUAAAAUGUGAUAUAAUUGUAUUUUCUUAUAUUACCAAAUUAUUUAUGGUCUAUACUCUAUACAGCUGAUUGUUUAAUUGAUGAACCUGAUCCAUAAUAUAAAAAAAAA